AUCAUUUGACUUCUACCAAAGAAUAUACACUUUGCUUCUAUUGACUGCAAUAUAAUAGGUUGCUAUCGGUUGCUAUGCAUCACAAAGUUGUGUGUCGUUGCUUGCCGUUGCCGAGAGGAAACGGAAAUAAAUCUUCUAAAGCCGCACGUUUCUGCUAUUGUGUAAAAUAAAGAUUUUUUUGCACAUUUCAUAUCUAUAACAGGAAACAUUUAAAAUAUUUGCAGGUGUUGCUAGACUUAUGUGACAUUUUCCCGUCUUGAAUCCUGCAGGCGUGUGUUUUAACAGCACUACGGCUGACCACUGGCGCUCAUCCCGCACAAGGGAGUGACACAAACACAAUGGGAGGACAGAGGAAUCAUUGAUAACACUGCUAUAAAUCUAUGCUUUUAAACAAGCCUACUACUGAAGCGGCACUAAUGUGGAACUGGUAUUUUAAGUGCAGGCCAGUGAUGCAGUGAAGAAUCGAUUGGCUCUUUAAUACAUGCAUCUGAAUCUGCAGUAGGGAAUUAGGAAGAGUAUUGUCUUAAGAUUUCAGAUCUGUCCUUACAAUGGAUUUCCCUUUCGACCUAAAUGCGCUUUUCCCCGAGAGAAUUUCAGUGCUGGAUAACAACUUGAGUGCAGGUCGGAAAGCGCAUGGGAGACCAGAUCCUCUUCUUCAGAUCACCACAGUUAUAGAUGAGCUGGGAAAAGCCUCCUCUAAGGCUCAGCAGCUGCCUGCACCUAUAACCAGUGCUGCAAAGCUCCAGGCCAACAGACAUCAUCUCUACCUCCUGAAAGAUGGGGAACAGAACGGCGGGAGGGGUGUUAUUGUUGGAUUUCUGAAGGUUGGCUACAAGAAGCUCUUUUUACUCAACCAACGGGGGGCGCAUUUGGAGACCGAGCCAUUGUGUGUGCUGGAUUUCUAUGUGACAGAGACCUUGCAGAGACAUGGCUACGGGCUUGAACUUUUUGACUUCAUGCUGAAACACAAACGGGUGGAGCCUGAGCAGAUGGCGUACGAUAGACCUUCUCCUAAAUUCCUGUCAUUUCUAGAGAAGCACUAUGAUCUCAAAAUCAGUGUGCCUCAGGUGAAUAACUUUGUGGUAUUUGAUGGCUUCUUCCAGAGUAGAUCAGCGGUCCAAUUGAGAAAAGUUCCCCCAAAAAAGCCAGAGGGAGAGAUCAAACCAUAUUCACUAAUGGAAAGAGAAGUGGUACGGGAGGAGCAGAGGGCUCUCCCCUGGCCAUUUGUUCGCCCUGUGGGUCCCCCCCACUCUCCUCCUCUGCUUCCAUCAUCUCCGCAAUCCCGUUCGCUCAGUGUGGGAUCCUCCCCCAGCCGGGCCCCCCACCGUCCCGCCGUGGCCCUGGGGCUCCAGCAGGGUCAGACCCCUUCCUCCCAACUCAACGACAGCUGCAGGACAAAACGCACCAGCCAUCAGGGUCUAGUUGCCAGGAGCAACCUCUACAGUCGCCAUAUCAACAGCCGAGACCUCGGACAAUUAUUGGCGGAACAGCAGAACCCCUUGAAGCUUCCAGCUGUCGUGUGUGCUUCCUCAGGGCUGAAAGCAGAGCUCUGUGAGAGAGUGUGUGACACAGGGGCAAAGGCAGAUGCAGUGGAACACAAACACACUUCAGAAAGGUCGGACUUUUCUCACAUAACCUUUGUGAGAGUCAGUUUCUCCUGGUGCUGCUCUUUGUAUUAUUCACAUGUUUAUUGGAGGAGAAUACUAAAGAAAACACCAGGGAUUCAUAAUGAGGACAAAAUUUCCUGAACGUCACAGACCAACCCUUGUGAAAAAUAAGUGCGCUUAAGUGUACUUAAAGUAUAUUUUUUAAAAAUCUGUACUUGCAGAUAAUAUAUUAAUGAAAUAAAUGGCCACUUAAGUGUACUUAAGUGUGUAGAAACACAAGCAUACUCUCUUUAAGUGCACUUUUAAAAAGUGUUCUUUGUAAAAAUGUCAAAUUAAAAGUUUUCAAGUACAUUUUAAAUAGUUUUAAUCGUUUUCUGUGCUUUAAAGAAGCACACUCAUUUUGAUGUGUUAACUAACAUACUCAAGUAUAUGUGAAGUCUGUACUGUUGUGUACUGUAGUGUGAUAUUCAAUAUUACAUUUAAAGUUAAUAUAUUUUAAAUGUACUCAAUUGCAAAUAUACAUGAUACAAGUUUCAAUAGAAAUAACAUUAAACUAUAUUAGUUAAGUACCAUAUAAAUGCUUGUUAGUACAUUCGGCAGGACACUUCAACCAUGUUUCAAAGACAAUAAAAUGAAGUAUUAAGUGGGUAAAAAAAAAAAAAAACACUCUUAAGUGCAUUUAACCCUCUACGGUAUGCAUUAUGUUCUAAUCAUGAAAUAUUUUUUUUAUUGCAUGAAAUAGAUUCAAUCACAAAAAUCAAAAAAUGUUUUUGAAAGAAAAAAAGGAAUGCUGUACCACAAUAAAAAAAGGUUAAAAAAGUAUUUUUUUUCUAUAAAAUUAUGAUUUUCUUUUCUAUUUAAAUGCACAUUUCUUUUAGACAUUAAUAGAUUUAUAUACAAACCAAAAUUAAUUAGAUCCCUAUCAUUCGGCUAACUCAUCCUCACUCUCAUCUGAAAAGCAGAAAUAAUUUUGUUAUUUAUACAUAAAUACAAUACUACAAUAAACCCUUCAAAUAAAUAAAUAACUGCAAUCAUAUUGCUGAUGCUACUAUUUAUAAAAUAUCCCAAUGGGGAAAUACAUUUCUGCAAUUCCACUGUGAUACAGCGUUGCCAUAUGGCAACAUACCUAUUUUUCCAUAGUGGUACAGUGUUGCCCUAUGGAAACAUUGAUAUUUUCUCAAUUUACAGUAAAACUAUGUUAGACAGUUGUGAAUAAAAAUGUAUAAUUUACUUAUCAAAGAUGCUGCAAAAAUCCCCCUUGAGAAGAGAUGUUUAGAAAUGAGGUUAAUAGAGCAAUUUCUGGAGCACUUCAACAGGUGUCUUCCGUGUGAGGGUGACAGUUGAAAAGAGAGUUUUGGAGGGACAUUCAAAUGUCAUUUGACCACAUCAUUGGCUACCUUAAGGCCUGCCCUUUUAAUUCCCAUAGUGCAAUAUAUUGUAUUUUUUUCUGAAUAACAAGGAAAUGGGUAGAAAUUAAUUGUUGCCAUAAUAUGGCAAUGCUGUACCAUAAAGGGUUAAUAUAAACUUUAAACGAUUAGACUUUAUUUUAAAGUGUCUGUGAUACAGUGUAAUUAUACUUUUAAGUACUAAGUAAUAACAAUUAACUACAUGUACUAACUAUAGACUCAAGAGGAUUAAGGUUUGGUUUAGGGUUAGUCCCAUGUAAUUAUGUAUAAUUUAUAGUUAUUACUACAGUAACCACAUGUAAUAUGUGGAACAAAGACACUGUAAAAGAGUUACCCUUUAAAAUUACAAUUUAAUGCAGUUAACUGUCAGAAAACAGUACAUUUAGUUUGCACUUAAGUAUUAUUUCCAUAAAUACUCUUUUCAAAGGUAUGCUAAAGUGUACUUCUUUUUCACAAGGGAAAACAUUGUUUUAAUAAAGUUUCUCAAACUAUAUAUAGUUAAAUUUUAUAUUUUUGCUUACAUAAUGUGUACCUGCCCUCAACCAUCCAGAUGUGUGAAGAUUUUUUGCUUUGUUUACCUUGGUGGAUGAACAAAAAAAAAAAAAAAGGGUGAAAAAUUCCAUUGACUUGCAUUGAAGAAGAAAUCCGAGUCAAUUCUAGAGACCAGAAUAUCGUAGAUGUUUGGAGGCAGGCUUUUUUGAUUUCCAGAAUACCCUAGCGACAUAUUAGAAUUGUGACCAUGAGUUUUCUUCAGAAAAUGUAAAAAUCUGGUUUGUUCAUUAUUUUUGUCUAAUAUGAUAAUGCUCUCAGCUGCAACUAAGAUUCUAGUACUUUCAAAUCAGUUUACCAUCUGUAUUAUAUCUGAACUGUGGCAUUUUACAUAUUUUCCUUUACUUUCAGUAAAAAAAAAAAAUGUAAAAAAAAGUGUGUAUGUUCUGUGUGGGCCUAGUUAUGACUCAGGUGACAAAUUUUGAUUUCACUUGCUGCUUCUCUUCUCAGCCCUGGCCUUGUAUUUUAUUGUCCUGAAAUCAUCUUCUCUCCUGCUGAGUUUCUUGUUUCUUGCUCUCCAGCUUUCAUUGUUUUUCAUCUUCUUUUCCAGACCGCAUCUUCAAGGCCAGGUUGUUGCCCUUCCAACACUUGCUGCCCCCAAGAAAGAUCAUCUUCAGGAGCAGACCUCCAUAGCACCCUUGGAACGCAAAGAAGAGCAAUACGGUGACCUGAAGACCAAAGUAUCACAGAACAGAAAAGAGGAUUGGAGGAAAGGCGGAGCGGCUGAGAUCUCGAGGGGUGGAGGGAGAGGCGAAUGGUC